UAGCUAUAUUGCUGCUGCUGUCUAGUGUCUGAUGAAUUUUAGCUUUGUGUAUUUUUUAAACUCUGUGUUGUGAAUGAUUUUUUUGUAGAUUAGUCAUUACCAUAGCCGCUUCCCUUUCUGAUCGUCGCAUUAAUCGUUAGGACACCUGUCGGACAUUUGCAAUAACAGUUGCAUUUGAUUAAUAAAAGUAGCAGAUUUUUGUAGUUGAUUCAAUGAACGAUUCAACCGAAGAAUGUUCUCCAUUUAAAGAUAGAAAGAAAAAAACUCAUAUGUCGCUAAAUGAUAAAAAACGUUUAGCUCGAGAAAAAGCUGAACAGUAUAAUAGCAAUGGCAGGCCUUUACGGCAAUAUCAUAUGUUAACUGCUGAAGAGGUGAAACAGGGAAAAGAAACUCAUUGGGAAGAAUUGGAGAUUAUUGGUUGUGUAAAAAACAUAAGUCCUUCUUUAUGGAAUUUGACCACAUUAACAGGACUUUACCUAAAUGACAAUCAAUUAACACGUUUGCCACCAGAUAUAUCAAUGCUUGUUAAUUUACAGUAUUUGGAUUUGUCUGGAAAUAAAUUACGUAGUUUACCUGCUGAACUUGGUGAAUUAGUGUAUCUCAGGGAAUUGCACUUGGGUUACAAUAUGUUAAGAUCACUGCCUCAUGAGUUAGGGCGUUUAUUCCAACUGCAAGUAUUAGGUCUAGCUGGUAAUCCUUUGUGCCAAGAAGUAAUGAAGUUGUAUAGUGAACCAAAUGGCACACAUAGAUUGCUUAUGUAUCUCUUAGAUAGCUUACAAGUGAGAGUACCUGUGCCCCCUGGAAGACCAUGGAUUCCUCUAUCUAGACCGAACAAGAAUAUUCCUUCCUGCCCAGUUACGGUGAUGUGUUAUAACGUUUUAUGCGAAAAAUAUGCUACUACUCAAAUGUACGGAUACUGUCCGUCUUGGGCUCUUUCUUGGGAUUAUAGGAAAAAAGUCAUUUUAGGUGAAAUCCGGCAUUAUACUGCCGACAUUAUAACUUUACAAGAGGUCGAAACGGAUCAAUUUUACAAUUUCUUUUUGCCGGAGCUUAAGAAGGACGGCUAUGACGGUGUAUUCUCCCCCAAGUCAAGAGCUAAGACUAUGUCCGAAAACGACCGUAAACGAGUAGAUGGAUGUGCAAUAUUCUUCCGAGCGAUCAAAUUUACGUUAAUCAAAGAACAUUUGAUAGAAUUCAAUCAACUGGCAAUGGCCAAUUCGAGUGGUUCAGAUGACAUGCUCAACCGAGUCAUGCCCAGGGAUAACAUUGGUUUGGCCGCCUUGUUGAAAACCAACGAAACCGCAUGGGAAAACUCUCUGCCAUCAGAAGUCCAACAGCCUAUACUUGUUUGCACUGCACACAUACAUUGGGAUCCAGAAUUCUGUGAUGUCAAGCUCAUACAAAUCAUGAUGUUAUCAAAUGAAUUGAACACAAUACUGGAAGAAGCCAAUCGCAAUUAUCGUAAUGUGAAUCACCAUCAACCGCCAAUACAGCUGUUGUUGUGCGGGGAUUUCAAUUCGUUGCCUGAUUCUGGAGUGAUAGAAUUUUUGUCUGCUGGUAAAGUAUCAUCAGAUCAUCAAGACUUUAAAGAUUUGCAAUACAAGACACUUCUACAUAAAAUUUCUACAUGUGAUAGACCAAACGAGUUUAUGCAUUCCUUUAAGUUGUCAUCUGCUUACGAAAACAUUAUGCCAUUUACAAAUUAUACAUUCAAUUUUAAAGGCAUCAUUGAUUAUAUUUUCUACACUAGACAGACAAUGACGCCUCUCGGUUUACUUGGCCCAUUAGCUCCUGAAUGGUUCAAAGACAAUAAAGUACUUGGUUGUCCACAUCCUCAUAUACCAUCUGAUCAUUUUCCGUUGUUAGUGGAAUUCGAGUUAUCGCCAAAUGCACACCAAAGCAACUCAAACGGAUUGAUUGGUCGAAGGUAGCCUCAACGUCGGUUGAAAACCGUCAAAAAACAUUAAUUGCCAAUAUAUUAAGCGUACGUACAUGCUACGAACACUCACUAUACACUUUGUACCACAAUAACAGUAAAUCAUUUGAAUUACUUUACCUAUCCUCUUUUAACAUAUGUCAUUGACUUCACAUGCAAAUAAUAAUCUGUUUAAAAACAUCCCAUGACUACAUUUUAUCUUAUUUAUUUUUUUACGAACAAAUCAUAAACUGAAAAAAGUAAUAAGAAAAAAAUGUAUGAAAAAUAAGAUUUAUUGUGAACUAUUAUGUUAUUACUUAGCUACUAUUUUUCAUCUUAGUUUAUUUUAUGUACGUAAAAUAAUAUCUCCUCAAUCCCUAUCCUUAAUUUAUUUUCAAAUUUUUGUAUACAACACCGUAGAGAAAUUCUGACAAAUAUUUGUUGAAAAUCUUUUGUUUUACUUAUUAAUUACAGUAAUUAUUACUGUAAUGACUAUUUUUUUUUUAUUUAUAACAAAAUAUUAAGUCACUUUUUUAUUUUUUACCUAAAAUAAUUAAUUUUUCAUUUAUUUUAACAAUGCUGGAAAUAAAUGUUUAUUUUUUGUUUUGGAAACAUUUUUCUCAUCGAUUAUUUGUUUUGUAUAAUUUGUGAAUUAUUUUCAUAUUGCUAAAAAGACAUUCAACUGAUAUUUUAAAAUUUUUAUCCAAUCACAGAAAAUCUACUAGUUUAUUUCCUGAAUACAUUAUAUGUAUUUAUUAUUCUGAUCAACUGUAUAAUUGUGAAAAAUUAUAAUAUAUUUAUGAAUAAUUUUUGUUUAAUACCUAUGUAAUACAUUUCAUCAUUGUAAUGAAAAUAUAAGAUUUUAUAAGACAUUUAAAAAAAACUUUACUACCAUAGCAGCUGUUUUCAUAAGUAUAUUAAUUGUCAACAAUAGAGAGGCACAGUGACACUUAUAAUACAUCAUUGUUCUUAUUAUUUUUUAUUAUACUCUCAAUGUCAGUAUUUAAAUAUGAUUUGUAAUUUUUGAUCCAUGUCCUAUGAUUUGAUGUAAAAUUGUAACUUGUAUUACUUUAAAUGUAGUGAUAAAUAAAUUAAAGUUUACUGCUGAUAGAUAUUCAA